CGUCUAGUCGGCUCUAAAGUAUUUCAUGUGUAUUAUGCCUUAAAUUAUUUAUUAUUUUGAUUAUAACUCUUAAACUGACACUGUAAUUAUUAAAUUCUAUAUUUAUUUUUAAUUCUUAUAUUGUCGGUUUUGAAGUAUGAUCACGGAAAAAACCAUAGUCUCAGCUGUUGAUCAGUUAUAACUUGUUAUACACACCAGCAUAACAUACAAUUUAUGGCUUUAUACUUCUUUAAUAAAAUACAAGUAUAUUCCAUCUCUCUUUUUAACUUUCUGAUAUCUGCAAUCACCUUCAUAAGAUUAAUUGAAAUUGGUCAUUAGUAUUAGAUAUUAAACGAAAAUAAUAUAUAUUUAUAUUUUAACUGUUUUCAAAUAACAUUAAUAUUUUAAUUAAAUAUUUUAUAUAUAUAUUAUUAAUAUAAUGACGUACAAACAAUUAAUUUUUUUAACUGUGUUUAUAACAAAAGCAAUAGUGACGCAAUCCAGCAAUGAAGGUUGUGUAAAUCUUAAUAAUGAAAAUGGCAACUGUAUUAGCAUAGAUAACUGUUCUUUUAUAAAAAACAUACUACUGAACGAAAAUAACAAUUCUACAUUAUUGGAUUUUCUUCGCAAUUCAACUUGUGGAUAUGAAGGUAAAAAUCCAAAAGUAUGUUGUCCUAUAAAUUCUGAAAUGCCAAGUAAUGAUAUUGUGAAUGCUUAUAAUAAAAACGAUGGUGGAAAUUUUGAUGGAAAUUAUUUUCAUCAAACUAAGAGCUCAAACAUUGUUCAUAAAGUAAUUUUUAAUGAUGAUGCAACAUUUACAUCUUCUACUCAAAAUAAUUCUUCUAUAUUAAAAAGUUCAAUAAAUAAUCAAACCUUUUUAUCAAUUGAGUUACUUCCACAAAGUACGUGUGGCCGCAUUAAUGCUUCUAUUAGUGAUAGAAUUGUUGGUGGUAGCCCUGCUGAACUAGGUGAUUGGCCAUGGAUUGCUGCUUUAGGCUACACAAGUCUUAGCUUACCCAAAAGUCUACCUCUUUGGGGAUGUGGUGGUAGUUUAAUUUCUGAUAGAUACAUUGUCACCGCUGCUCACUGUGCGUCAGAGAAGUUCAUAGGACGAAGAAAAAUAUCUACUGUACGUUUGGGAGAUUUAGAUUUAAAUCCAACGGUUAACGAUGGUGCAAGUCCAGUGGACGUUUCUGUCGAAAGAGUAAUAAUACAUGAAAAAUUUAGCAGUUUAGAUUUCGCAAAUGAUAUAGCAUUGUUGAAGUUAUAUAGACCGGUUAAAUUUAGUAGACUUAUUCAACCAAUUUGUUUACCAAUAAUACCAGAAAUGAGAACUAACAAUUUUGUAAAAUACAUGCCUAAAGUUGCUGGAUGGGGUAGUAAGUCUUUUAGAGGUCCUACAAGUACAGCGCUGUUGGAAGUUCAAGUACCCGUUAUAGACAAUGAUGGUUGUAAACUGGCUUACGCCCACGAAAAUGCAAAAAUUAAUGAAGGAUCAUUAUGCGCUGGUUACAAAGACGAAGUUAAAGAUGCUUGUCAGGGAGAUUCAGGAGGACCUUUAGUAUUACCAUUUGGAGAUCAACAUUAUUUAAUUGGAGUGGUAUCGUUUGGUUCAAAAUGUGCAGAACCAAAUUUUCCGGGCGUAUACUCUAGAGUAACACAUUAUAUUGAUUGGAUAAUAGAAAAAUUGAACAAUAAUCAAUAAUAGUUACAGAUCUUAUAAUUUAAAUUACUAUUAUAGCUAUUAAUUCAAAUUAAUUAUAAUAAAUUCAAUGUACAUUAAAAUAGGUAACUUAUUAGAUAGUAUGUACUUCAAAAUAUUAUCAAUCAUUCUAGAAAACAUUAAAUAGUUUGUAACUAUAGUUCCUUUAGAAAAUAAAUAGAAGAAAUGAAGAAACACACCUUAAAUAAUUUUAUUUCUGUAACUUAUAUUAUAAUUUUUUAUUUUAAUGAUAGUAUAAAAAUUGUUUUGUAUAAGUAUAUUCUUCAAGGUGAACCAAUGCUAUGUAAAUAUCUUUGUUAUGAUUAUCAAUCAAAUUCAAACUGUAAUCAAAAAACAACCCAAUCAAUAAUGUAUUAAUAUUACUUAUACAAUAGGUUGUGAUGUGGGGAAGUGGACCUCAGUACUUAAGACUGAUGUUUAGUAGCGCUAUUACGUUGGUUGGGUGACCAUAUGGGAACUUUAACAGUGAACUUACUAUGUCCUUUACCCUCUGCGGAUGAAUGGCGACGUUGUAUUCUCGCAUACGAUGUAUCUUGGAAUGCGUUGUAAUAGGCACUAAAAUUAAAUAAAAAAAAAAAAACUCGUAUAAUCAUAAUGUUUAUUUGUAUCCUUUAAUUCGAAAUAUACAUACGUUACGCUCAUUUGUUUCGCAAUGUACCGACCACCUUUUUCG